AUGCAUCGGUAUACAAAACCUCUGGGCGGCCUGUCAAUUGAACUGUCCGUGUUGACACCAACUCUGUCGGAGUGCGGCAGGGCGGCAGCAGCAGCCGACAAAUUGUCCGCCGAGGUUCAACAGUCGGAAGCGGCUGAUGAGCUAAUCGCACCGCUGCCGCCAGAUAAGCCUCCUCUCCUCCUGCCCCUCAUUUCUUCAGUGCUUGCCAAUGACUCCGCUACUUCCCGGUCUCUCGUGCCGCCGCCGGCGCCGCCUUUCCCAGAAGUGAGUUUUUGUGUGUGUUUGCAUCUGGUUUUCGGUUUGUUUAUCACUGCCAACCGACGCAUUUAG